AUGAAGUUUCUGACUUUCGCAAUCUACCUUGUCGUCGCCAUAUCACUCCUUCUGCUCGUCACUCCUUCGCCAGCAGAUGCGCGACCAUUCGCAACGGUCCAGGAAACCCUGGACGAGGUCGCAGCAAGGCUUCGUCAAGAGGCCGAUGCUGCCUGGGCCGAGCUCGAAGCAGCGGAGGAGCUCGCAAUGACGCGCGCCGACGAAGAAGCCGCUGCUAACGCCACCGUUGAAUCCGCCAAAGCGGUCGCUCAGGCGGCGAACGCGGCGUUUGCUGCGGCGAAGGCUAACGCUGCGAACAACAAGACCGCGGCAGAAGCGGCCAAGAAGACGGUCAACACCCUUAAGAAAACAGUCGCGGGGAUUCAGAAGAAGGCGGAAGGCAAGAAAGCGUACGAGAAAGCGCAGGAAGAACUGAAGAAGGCGGAAGAGAAGGCCGCGCAGGCCAAGACGAAAAAGGAGAAGGCGCUCGCGGCGGCGGCGGCCCAGCAGAGAGCGGCAGAUGACGCGACGAAAGCGGCGGGCAGCGCCAAGGGAAAGGACGCUUCGAAGGCAAAGGAGAAGGCGAAGGGCGAGCAGAAGAAGGCUGAUGAGAUGAAGAAGAGCGCGGACGGCGCGGCGGCGGAAGAGGCGGCGGCCAAGGCGGAGGCGGACAAAGCGAGGGCGACCGUGGCGAAGACACCGAACCCGACGCUCACGCCGGAGGAGCAGGCGGCGCUCGAUAAGUACAGCGCCGCGGUCGCCGCCGCGGAUAAGGCGGAGGCGGACGCAAAGACCGCGGAAGCGGAGCUGAAGGCGGCGGAAAAAGCUGUGGUUUCCGCCAAGGCUGCGCUUUAUAAGGCGAAGGCGGCGCUGACCUCCGCGACGGCGCGCAGGGUGGAGGCGGACAAGAUAGUGGAGAUUAAGAAGGCUGCGGCGGAAGCGGCGGAAGAUGCGGCGGUUGCUGCGGAGGAGAAGGCCAGGGACGCGGGCGCGCCAGGCUCGGAGGGUGCGCCAGGCUCGGAGGCUGCUCCUGGCUCCGAGGCUGCGCCAGGUUCGGACGCGGCACCAGGUUCGGAAGCUGCGGUGCUGCCGUAA